AUGUCAGACCCCCCCAACAACACCCAAACCACGUUUAGUGGCGGCGACCCUCCUGCCGACAAUAAUUAUACCGACAAUAAUAAUGAACAGACUAAUAUUAAUGAUAUGCAAAAAAUUAUUGCUGUUGAACUGAAGGAGAAAGAAAGUUCUCAUUCCAGAGGACCUCAUUCUCAUGAAGCUCAUCACAUCAAACCCUCGACAAAAAUCCAAAAAAAUAAUGAAAAACCAGACUCCCAUAAAAAAAUUGAAACUAUCCACAAAAAGCUUGAAUCGAAUGAUAAGCAUAAUGCUUCUUCAAACCACGAAACCCCCGUUGAAACCCCUAUUGUGAAUGUUGGUCCAACCUUGAACCCUACCUUUGACUCUUCACCAGAUGGUGGUGAUGUGGAAAUUGACGCAACACCAUCACGUGACAUGGAUGUUCUCAUGCCGGAUGCAAAUCCAUUUGGUGAUAAUUCUGAAGCCUGGGAAUACAUCUUAAAACUUAAGGAUGUAUUUCUGGUUGAAUUGUCUAUUGUUAAAGAAGACUUGAGUAUUACAAUUGAAGAUUGGGAAAUAAAAUUUCAAAAUCUUGAACUUAAAAACAAUGAGUUAGCUAAACAACUCAUUGCUUUGACCGAAAAGCUUAAAGCUUCAGAAGGACAAGUGAAUUCUCUUCGCUCAGAACUUGAUGUUUUGAGAAACAAUCAGGUUCACACAGAAGUUAAACAUGUAAUGUUUGAAAAACUUAAAAAGGAAGUUAAGGAUAAUAAGGAUCAUUGCGAUAAAGUGAAACAUAAAGCUGAUGAAAUAGCUAAGAUGACUCUUCAAGAUUUGUCUCAAGAAAAAGCAAGAAACAAAAGAAUUAUCGACACUGAAAUCAAGGAAUUCAAAGAAAUGACCAACAAUCUUGAGAAAAGAGUUGAUAAUAUGGAAUACAAAGUUGGAACUAUUUCAACUAAGGCUGAUUUAACUACCAAAGAACUUAGCUACGCAAAAAAGGAAAUCAAGAGUGCGGUAAGAAAAGUCGACACUUUGCCUUUUGCUUUGACCCCUAAAACUCCAAAUGGAGCAACUCCAAAGUUGAAAGACAUUAUGAAGGCUCAAAAACAACACCGUGAAACUAAAGUUGAUGAAGACAAACCCACUUUUAGAGUGUGCAUAAGAAUUCCAGAUACCAUGAAAAGAGUUAAUAUCCCUGCGAUUGGAAAGAAAAUUGAUGCGGUUGCACAAAAGCCGGUGGCUCAGGAAAUAGGCUAUACUGUCAAAGGGCAUUUAUAUGUUCAACUUAAUGACAAAGAUUUUGCUGAUAAAGCUGCAGAAUGGAUCCCCAAAGUUGACCCUACUUAUUCAGUGCUUGACACAGAUUCUUGGUACAAGGCUGUACUUCAGGAAAUACCUAAUACGGCAUCGAUUGAAGACUUGAAAGAAACUCUCUACAAUUUUAAUGAUUACCAUAUUGUUUUGAAUACCGAACCCAAAAUCAUUAGCAGAAACCAAUUUACCCAAACAGCAUUGGUUUCAUUCAGAAAUGCCCAAGACUAUGCAAAGUGUGCUGAUAAUCUUAUUAUCCAGUACACAAAAGUUAAAGUUAGACCUUUUAUUAGCAGAAAAAAACUCCUGAAGAACUCCAAGCUAUGCGUAAUAAGAUACGAUUAUUGA